CAUCUGGACUGUAAUUUAAUUAAUUUAGUUUAGUUUAUUUCUUAACAUUUCUUAAAAUGUCAAGAACAUUUGAAAAAUAUUUAUAUGAUUCAGUAAAAUGUGUAUGUUGCCGCCCAAUGUAUUUGGCUUCUGUGAGAAAAAAACAGGCUUAGAGCAAUAUUGUGCAAUAUUACAGUGUUUAUUAUAUGUUCAAUUAGAUAUUAUUUACACCACCAUUUAGGUAUUGAACAGCUAAAGAGUGUUUUUUAAACUAUUUCAAUGUUUUUGAUACCUCAGGGAGGGAAAUGCAGCAAUGGCCCUGAGAGCAGCAGGAAGUGUGUUUGGGGUUUUCCUGUUAUCUGUGGCAGGAGUACUGGGACAGUAUGGCUGGGAUGUGACUUUCACCAGGACAAGAAUAUGUGCACUGAAGGGAUUAUCAGUAGAAGUUUCCUGCACUUUCAGAUAUCCCAGUGGGCAUGAGAUCAUAGAAACAGAAUGGUAUAAAUGGUGGAACGUCACAGUGGGGUAUACUUAUAACAUCAUGGAACAACAAGCGUUUGCAGGUCGUGUUGAGUACCUUGGGAAUAAUCACAAUGACUGUACUCUGAAAAUCACAGACCUGAGAGAGAAUGACACAGCGGAGUAUUGCUUCGGAUUUAAAACCAACAUACACGGCUGGAUAUAUCAGAAAGAUGUAUUCAUUUCCGUGACAGACCUGAAGGUGACUACCUAUGUGACAAAGGGAUCAUGGGUGAUACUGAAUUGCAGCACCACCUGUACUCUGAGUGACAACCCCAAUCCUGACUACAUCUGGUACAAAAAUGGAAAGCAUCAACAUGAAUAUGUGUCACAAAAUUACAGUGUCUUGAGUUCUGAUGAAGACAGUUAUUCCUGUGCUGUAAAAGGUUACGAGGACCACCGCUCUCCUGCAGUGUGUGCCGUGGGCCAGAAAUGUUGGAGAGUGAUUUACGCCAAAAGGAGUAUCUGUGCCUUGAAGGGGUCAUCAGUGGACAUAUUCUGCACUUACACAUAUCCCCAUGGUCAUAUACCCAAAGACACAUUCUGGUUUACUCAAGGAAAGUCUACAAAGGAGCCUACAGAUCUGAAGAAGGACCCAAACUAUUUGGAUCGUCUGGAGUACCAUGGAAAUGAGGACAGUGAUUGCACCCUGAGAAUCAAAGCCCUUAAAGACAGUGACUCAGCUGAGUACAAAUUCAGAUUAGUAACUGCAGAAGGGAAAUAUAUCAGUUCACCCGGUGUAUACCUGACUGUCACAUAUGUCCUGUUGGAGAUUAACCCUAUGUAUGUCUCUGAGAGGGAAAUGGCCAAACUGACAUGUACAGCCAACUGUAGACUGGGUGACAACACAGCCUUCAUUUGGUAUAAGAACAGACAGGCUAUACCAAACAGCCACAAAUACUCCAACAGCCUGCACCUGUGCCAAGUCAGCAGUGAGGAUGCAGGCAGCUACUCCUGUGCUGUAGAAGGCCAUGAGAAUCUCCACUCUCCUGAAGUGACUCUAACUGUCAGAUACAAACCAAAGAACAUCUCAGUGUCAAUCGGUCCCUCUGGUGAAAUAGUGGAGGGCAGUUCAGUUAUUCUGACCUGCCACAGUGAUGCCAUCCCACCAGUUCAGAAAUACACCUGGUACAAGAGGACCAUUAACACAUCAAAAGAAUCCGGUCAGAUCUAUCGCAUCAUCAACAUCAGAUCGGAGGACAGUGGAGAAUAUUAUUGUGAGGCAAAGAAUGAAAUGGGAGCUAAGAACUCCACAGUUAUAUUGAUCAUAGUAUCAGGAAAAAAAACUAGUAUUAACAUAGCUGUAGGAAUCACAGUGGUUGCUCUGGUUCUCAUUCUCAUAUAUAGCUUUCUGUGGUUCAGAAAGAGGGCUCCCAAAUCAACUGACACACGGGACACAGCAGAGGAUGGACAGGGAGGCUCUAGUCACCUGUACGAAACCAUCCUGAGGACAGCCCCAACUGCAGCACAGAAUGCGGACACAGAUGAGGACGUCAGGAUCUAUGCCAAUGUCCACCUCUCUCACUCCAGAAACCAUGAAGAACCUCUUUACUCCACUGUCCAACUGCCUCUGGACAGAGUCCAGUAUGCUUUAUUGAAAUUCAGUCGCCUAGGUGUUGCCCCCCAUCCUGCAGCACACGCAGCUGAAGAUCCAUCUGCAACCUAUAGCACAGUCAACAAACCCAGAACCUGAACACAAGAAGGUACAUUAUUAUCCUCUUAUCCAGUUUCCCAGGGCUCCUACUGGGUCGCUGUAAUCCUACUGAGCUGAAUUUAAAAACAUUUGUCUUAUUUAUUUGGAGGGUCACACAAUAUUUUGAUGUAUAAAGUAUAGAUUAGAAAUAGCCUGCUGUGACCAUAUCGCUGUACAAGACAAUACAGCAACAAUUCUAGUGUAGUGUAAGAUGUGACUCAUGAUAGGUAUGGUGAUAUUGUUAAGCAUUAAAAGCUUUUGAAAAAUGCAUCUCAGUGAGACUGUGAGACUGAGUGUACAAAACAUUAGGAACAUCUGCUCUUUAAACGACAGACUGACCAGGUGAAUCCAGAAGAAAGUUUUGAUCUCUUAUUGAUAUCACCUGUGUAACGCUUCAAUCAGUGUAGAUGAAGGGGAGGAGAGGUUAAAGAGGGAUAUUUAAGACUUGAGACAAUUUAGAUAUGGAUUGUGUGUGUUCCAUUCAGAGGGUGAUGUGCAAGACAAAAAAUGCAAGUGCCUUUGAACAGGUUAUGGUAAUGGGUGCCACACGCACCGCUUUGACUGUGUCAAGAACUGCAACGCUGCUGGGUUUUUCAGACGCAAUAGUUUUCCGUGUGUCCACCACCCAAUGGACACCCAGCCAACUUGACAAAACUGUGGGAAGCAUUGGAGUCAACAUGGGCCAGCAUCCCUGUGGAAUGCUUUUGACACCUUGUAGAGUCCAUGCCGCAAUGAAUUGAGGCUGUUCUGAGGGAUGUAACUCAAUCUUAGGAAGGUGUUCCUAAUGUUUUGUGCACUCAGUGUAUAAUAGACAUGUAACCUCAGAGCUUACGUGUUUGUGAAGGGUAUGGGUCUGACAAAAUGUUUGAAGGGAACAAAUGUUUUCUUAUAUUGUCUAAAUUGUGUUUCUUUACUAAAUGUAAUAAAAUAAUCAAAAACG